AUGUCCUGCCAGCAGAAUCAGCAGCAGUGCCAGCCCCCUCCCAAGUGCCCCUCACCCAAAUGCCCCCCAAAGAGCCCAGCGCAGUGUUUCCCUCCAGCCUCCUCCGGCUGUGCUCCAAGCUCUGAGGGCGGCUGCUGCCUGAGCCACCACAGGCGCCGCAGGUCCCACCGAUGCCGACGACGGAGCUCCAACUCCUGUGACAGGGGCAGUGGUCAGCAGUCCGGGGGCUCCGGCUGUGGCCAGGGCUCUGGGGGCUGCUGCUGA